GACCGACCCAUGACUACUAUAUUCAAAUUGUUACGUCUCCCGAAAAAUACAAUUUUCCAAGUGCUCCGACAGUUCAAAUGCCUUGAUUUAAUCGCCUUCUCCGUCUGCUCCAAAUAUGCGAAGUCUUGUGUAAUGUACUCCACAACUUCCAAUAAGCAAAAAACUAUCCGAAUCGAGUUUGACGACACAAUUCAAUUUGAUCUGAGCCCAAUCACAAAACAUAUCUGCCUGUUCGAACUUCUAGCUGAUCAGAGAAACGUCCUUCGAAAAAAUUUCAACGAAUGCGAAAUGAUCAUCAAUGGAAAUAAUUUCAUUCGAACAGAAUGGAGCAUUGCCGGGUUCGCAAUAAAGGAUUGGAUGAAGCAUUUUCUCGAUAUAUUCGGUGGCCCGAAAAUCGAUAUAAUUUCAUUUUCAGGAAAAGGGUUCAAUAGAACUUGGUUUCCUCGCGAUUUAUUCCGAAUUUUCAACGCACAAUCUUUUUAUUGUGUAAUUGAUUUCAUUUUGAAAAUUUUAAGAAGCUUCCAAUACCCGGAAAGUCUUACAACUUGUAAGGGAAAAUCGCUAGGAAGGAAGCCUUUAAAUACAAUUUUUAUAUUGAAUUUCAAAAGUGUGAAGUAUUACGGAAGACAUCAAUUUCAAUUAACGCUUAAUCAACUUUUGGCAAUGAACAUUUCAACUUUGAAAUUACUAGAUUCUGCAAUAUCCAGUAAAAAUUUGAAUUUCUUCUUAAAACAUUGGCUAAAUGGCUCUAACAAACGGCUUGAAGUGCUAGAAAUUUUUGGAUUGAACGCCUAUAGCCCCACAAUAAUCUUUAAAAAUGUUGCUUACCAAGUGAUCCUCGAAGAUGAAAUCUUUAGCAUUUACAAUGAAGUAUUCACGUUUGGAUAUGAAAUUGAAAGGAGUUGCGAUGAAACAAGGGCAGCGAUUUUUAUUAACUCAAUGCCGGAAGUUUCUCACUAUUGUUUUAGAAUGAUUGUUGGAGAAGUACCUAAUUACCUAAUAAUCUAUUAAGUACCUAAUUAAUUGUUUUUUUUAAAAUUUACUUUGAUAGAAUAAAAUAUUUAAAGAUG